CCAUUCACCUUUCUUCUCAGAGUACAUCAUGGCAAGUGUGGCUGCAUUUCUGACCCGGGCUCUGGCCCUCCUCUCAGUGCUAUCAACCACCCAGGCACAGAAAGGCUUCUGGGACUACUUCAGCCAGAGCAGCGGGGACAAAAGCAGGGUGGAGCAGAUCCAGCAGCAGAAGCUGGCCUGGGAGCCCACGAGCCUGAAAGGCAGCCUUGAGCAAAACCUCAGCGAUAUGGACAAGUUCCUGGAAAAACUGGGCCCUCUGAAUGGGCCGGGGAGGGAGCCUCCUGGGCUCCCACAAGACCCGGUGGACAUGCGGCAGCUGCUGCAGAAGGAGCUGGAGGAGGUGAGGGAGCGCCUGGAGCCCUACAUGGCGGAGGUGCACAAGCGCGUGGGCUGGAACCUGGAAGGGUUGCGGCGGCAGCUGCAGCCCUACACCUCGGAGCUGAUGGAGCAGGUGGCCUUGCGCGUGCAGGAGCUGCAGGAGCAGUUGCACGCUGUCGGGGAGGACACCAAGGCCCACCUGCUGAGGGGCGUGGACGAGGCGCGGGGCCUGCUGCAGGAGGUGCAGAACCGCGUGGCGCACCACACCAGCCGCGUCAAGGCGCUCUUCCACCCGUACGCCGAGCGCCUGGUGACAGGCAUCGGGCGCCACGUGCAGGAGCUGCACCGCAGCGUGGCGCCGCACGCCGCCGCCAGCCCCGCACGCCUCAGCCGCUGCGUGCAGGUGCUCUCGAGCAAGCUCACACGCAAGGCCAAGGCCCUGCACGCACGCAUCCAGCAGAACCUGGACCAGCUGCGCGAAGAGCUCAGCGCCUUUGUCGGUGCCGGUGCGGAUGGUGCUGAGGAAGAGGCCCAACCCGACCCCCAGGUGCUGUCCCAGGAGGUGCGCCAGCGACUCCAGGCUUUCCGCCAGGACACCUUCCUGCAGAUCGCCGCCUUCACCCGUGCCAUUGACCAGGAGACCGAGCAGGUCCAGCAGCAGCUGGCGCCGCCCUCGCCAGGUCACAGCGCCUUCGCCCCAGAGUUCCUCCAAGCGGACCCAGACAAGGCCCGGAGUGAGCUGCAGGCUCGUCUGGACGACCUGUGGGAAGACAUCAACUACAGCCUUCAUGACCAUGGUCUUGGCCAUCAGGGGGAGCCCUGAGGGUUUCCUUCCCAAAUCCCAGAUCCUUAUCUGGGGAGCCAGCAUGGCUCAGUCCUGGACAGUGGCCUGUUGGGCAGAGGGUGGAGGGCCCUGCACAGGAUAGCUGAGGCCACGGAAGGGGCUGUCAUCCUUGGCAUAUCCUGCUUCCUGCAAUUCCCCAUCCAGAUGCAAUACAUUCACCAGGCUUUG